UCUAAGCAACGGACACCAACAAAUGGAUAUACGGACUUUGAGCCAUACUGAUUAUGAGCAUAGGUAGCAUUCGGUUUAAUUUUAUGUUUUCUACUCUUUAUAUAAUAAAACACACAUAAAAGACAAUACUACUUUAUAACUACUAAAUCAUUAAACCGCAAGAAUUAAUGCAUCAAAAUGAUUAUCAUUUUACCGAUACACUUCGCUCAUUAUCCAUAUAGUAAUAUAAUGAAUCCGAUUAUGCUAUAAAUUGUUGUAGUCCAGUUUUACGAGGGACCCAGGCCGGAGAAACACUGUCGUGCACACAUUUUUGUAGCUGGAAAUCAAAAUCACGAAAUUACGACAUUAUAAAAGAGAAACGAAAACUGCAUCUGCCGGACACUGAUGAAGGUUACUGGUCUGCCCAUGAAGCAUGACUUUACAAAUGGCACCAAGUCCACAAUCAGUCUUGAAGCUUCCAACAGUGAUCCAUGAGGGGAGAGACCAGUGGUAUUCCAGAAUACAGCUUUCACAGUUGAAUUUCCUUCAGAACCAAGCUGAAGAAAAGGAGAAGAAAAUGAUGACUAUAUAUGAGCAGAAGCAGCCGCCUGCAUUAGACAAAGUAAUGCAGAACAUUUCCCACAAGAACUAUUCAUCACAACAAAAGAGUAAUUCUGCAAAAACUAGAUAUGACGGUGUCUAUUAUAAGAAACAUUACUAUGGUGAUAGCGCAAAGAAAACUACUGAUGUAGAAGGGGCCUUUUCGCUGAAACCGGUUUACCAUAAGAGAUCUUACAGUUGGAACAUGUCUAGGACUAAUAAUGAUGCAAAGUCUUUGAAACCUUUGGACAUACCAAGAGUGCCUCCCCCUCUUCCAUCUUUACCUUACGCAGAGACAUCUGAUGAGAGAUAUUUAAAGCCAUAUUCCUGGAGGCAGUUUCCAUUAGACCGGCCCGCCGCAGAGGCCUCGACAUGGUCCAAGGGUAACACACCUCAGGGAGCACAAAGUAAGCAAUGGAGGCAGGCCAAGGAGGAAGAGGAGGACCAACCAUGGUUGGCUGAAGACAUACGCAGGAGGGAGAUUGCCCUGAAAGAGAAACUGAGGAGGACUGAAGGCAAGCUUCGGAGGAUCCAACAGGAGAGGGUGGCUUCUACAGGGGAGAGGGAAAGGUGGGGGAGACGAGGAGCGGAGUUGGAAAAGAUUAAAUGGACAGAGGAAAUUGAGAGGAGACAGAGUGGUACAGUUGGUGAAGUUGACUGGGAUAGGAGAGAUGGCAUGAUGGAGAGAGAGAGAAGGAUGGAUGACAUGGAGAGAAAAGAAAGUUGGAAUCAAGAAUUUGAAAGAAGUGAGAACAGGGGUGCAGAGCGGGAAAGGAAGGCAAGGCUAAAGGAGGCAGAAAUGGUGAGUGAGAGGAGGACGAAAGAAAGACAGCAAGAGAGGGAAUGGAAGCAGACUGUAAAAGACAGAGAGCCAGGGAGACCAAACUGGGGAGAGUGGGACAGGAAGAGGGAGGCACUGAAGGAGAGGGGGAUAGAAGAUGGGUGGGAAGGGGGAGGGCAAGGCGUGAGGGUGAAGGACAGAGACAAAGAGAGGGAGAAAAUGAAAGAGGGAGAGAGAGAAUGGCAAGAGGGUAGGGAUAAGGUGAGGGAAGGAGAAUGGAGAACAAGGAAUAUGGGGGGGCAGUGGGAAAGGAUGAUGGUGAAAGAAAGGGGGAAAAUAAAGGAGGGAAAGUGGGAAUGCAGAGAAAGAGAAAGAAGAGAGAAGAUAAGGGAGGCAGAGUGGGAAAGGCUCAAAGACCGGGACUGGGAGAGGGACCAGGUGAGGAUACAAAGAAAUGACCGGGAGAGGAGCCAGAAGGUCCUUCAGAGAACAUGCCUGAGCAGCAGUAAUGGGAGCCCACCUUCAGAAAGAGUCAUGAUUCCUCAUGCGAGAUCCAUGCACCAUACGGAGCAGCUGGAGCAGCCAAGCCUGGGGGAGGGGCCCCAGCUCCUGCCCUGCAAGCACUGCCACAGGAGCUUUGCUGCUGAGCGCCUGGAGCGCCACCUGAAGGCAUGCGAGAAGGUGCACCAUUCUAAGCGAAAGGUCUUUGAUUCCUCCAAGUACAGGGCCAAAGGAACAGACCUGGAAGAGUUCAUGAAAACCAACACAAGAAGCAAGACACCGGAGCCAAAAAAGAGCAACUGGAGGCAGAAGCAUGAGAUUUUCAUCAGGAACAUCCGUCAGGGCCUCCUGCCAGCAAACGGGGCCUUGCGGCCAAAGCUGCCGGCCAGCAUCAACCCCGACUAUGUGGCCUGUCCUCACUGUGAUCGCCGCUUCGCCCCGGGCCCAGCCGAAAGACACAUUCCCAAGUGUCAGCACAUCAAGAGCCGCCCCCCACCCCCACCACGCCGCCUCUAACAACGGGGCAGACGAAACACCAGUACUGAAAUGAGACGACGCUUUACUUCACUGUCAAUUUUGAUGCCAUCUGUGUGUUUUAUAUGAUUAUUUCCACGUUACUUUUAUUCUGGACUGUAGACAUUAACAUUUUCUGAGGAGCUCCACUUCUUUUUCUCCUAAGGAAAGCCGAAUAAGUCACUUCAUCAGUUUGUUUACAAGCACACACACACACACACACACACACACACACACACACACACACACACACACACACACACACACACACACACACACACACACACACACACACACACACACACACACACACACACACACACACACACACACACAC